AUGAACGGAAGCUCCCCGUGGCUGCUGCAGAUCCCCAGCAGGAAAACCCACCAGAUGGGCAUGCUGGACCUUCCCGUGGUGGCCGGCGUUCGACAGCGCAAAAAGGACCCGCUGACGUUAUCGAAGAAGCCCAACAACGCCUGUUCUGUCGGAGGUGUCAACUACACGGCCAACAUCACCAAAGACACAGCCAUCGCCACCAUCUCCAACAGCACCUCCGUGCCGCUGAAGUCCGCUGAGGCCAAGGCCCCUGACCCCAAGAAGACGUACAACAGCGUGAGCAAGAUUGACAAGAUGUCCAGGAUAGUGUUCCCGGUUCUCUUUGGAACCUUCAACCUGGUCUACUGGGCCACAUACCUCAACCGAGAGACGGUGGAAAGUGGAGCUAUGUCAUCCACAUAAAGCUUCACAGCUUGUAGCCCUCCCGACUUCAGCCAUAUUGUUCCACAAACUGGAUUACCAUAGAAACCAGUGUCAAGCACUGAAGACUUGCUCUAGUCAUAAGUUGUGAGAACUUUUUUUUCCAUAAAUUGCAUGAAAUGCCAUGUCUGCCUUGACUAUUUCUACUUUAUAUUAGUCGAUUAGUUUUUCUGGAAGAAUCUUCGUUCUGUUCAUCCCAGCGUGAAUUGUCAUCAUUGUCAAUUAAUAUCACGUCCCCGGUGAUGGGGCCACAUAGCAUUUGACACAUACAUCUUAGUAAUUGUAAAAAAAAUGGGUCACAUUGGACGCAUAGGUAAAGCAAGUCAAAUGCUAUGCAAACAUUUUGUACCGCGCCGCUCGACAGAACGCCCCUGCUUUAGUUACUGACGCUGGCUUGCGGCUUCACUUAUUUAAGAGCGGAAUAUGAAACUGAAUGACAGCUUAAAGAGCAGCUAUGGAACAUGCCCCCCUCCCUGCGAGCAGCACCCUUGCCCCCACCCCCCACCAAAAGGUAACACUGGCCUUUCCUGCAGUUUCCUCCUGUGUCUGUAAUUUCCAUGUCUGUGCUCAUGCAACGUUUGGUUUAAUUAUUUAGGGGUCAGGAGCGUCCACGUUUGAUGACUUUCUUAUUAAGCUCCUAGGUACGAUUUUGCAGACUCGUUUACAUAUAAUCCUUGGCUGUGGUUUUAACGUUCCUCUUUGUAAAUACGCACAAACACAUACGCACACGCCCACACAUUCAUUCUGCGGUCAGGAACACGUCAGCACAAGCCCGAAGGAGAGCACACAGUGGCCUAUCCUGUAUGGUGCAGACAAGGCAACUCGACUAAAAUCUGCCUACGGAAAGCGCUAAUGUCUGACAUUGAUCUCCUCGACUGAACCAGCGCCUCUUUGAUCACCACCGUUUCCAGGCUGCAGAGUAAUUAUUAGCCUAAUUUGUUUCUAUAUUGACGUAGUGCUCUGCCUUUUAAUGCUAAUUUGCUUACUAAACGUCAGUUCCAAUGCUUUUCCUUACUGUAGAUACAUGUAUCUUUGCAGUCAGCUUAUCUGGUGAUGUUAAAGUGCUCCUUUGACUGCUUGAUAGUAAAAUCGACAUGGGGGCUUUUCAGACCGAGGUGAAGUCUCCAUAAAGGGAGCCUAACGGUGUCACUGCAAUCCGCCUGUGCCCAAGCAGGACCUGCCAGAUCCUGAUGGCUGGUCACACCAGACGGCAUGAAGUACUGGCAAUGCCCAGAUGGGGGAGCCAGUCACCGACUUGAUCUUUGGAUGGGGAGCCUGACUAGCCAGGGGAGACCCCCUCCCCCCUUUCCCCACCACAGGCAUGCUUCUGGGAUUGGGCUCUAAGUGCUGCCCAGGCUAAUUAAUGUCAGACCAAGAAGGCAUUUUUAAUCCAAGAUGUCCAUUGUGAGAGGAAGUCCCACCCAGCGCCAGGACCCCUCCCAGCCCCCUCCCAGGACCCCUCCCA